GGCUACCGAGGGCUGGGAUCAGGGUAGGUCCGCUGUGCCCGGUGCUCCCACGUCCUGCGCCCCAGCCGGAGCAGUUCAGAAGUUCCUGGGGACAUUCAGCCCCACACAGGGCUGAUCACGAACUCUGGAGAGGGUCUCCAGCGCCGCGACCACCUAGGCUUGGCCCAGGGUGCCGGAGCACAAAGGAACGGCAGUCCAGAGACGUCCUCUCCGGGCCUCGUGGGCGUGAGCUGUUGUGGACCCGCCCUUAGACCUCGACGUGGACGGCCACGCGUGCACCGGCGUGGACCAGCGUGAGAGAACUACAGACAGGCUCACUGCCCCGGCGCACAGCCCUCGCCGUCCAGCCGGCGCCGGCGCGGGCCAAGAGCCCAAAUUAGGUAACUCGUGGACACGGCUCUGCGCAUGUGCGAGAGGCGCCGGAGUUUCACUUUGCAACUUUUAAGUGGUGGGGACGCCGCCCCGCCCUGCCAGGUGCGGGCAGACCACUCCCCCGGCGCGCGCCGCGCCGCCGCCGCCGCAGGGAGAGAAGGCAAAAUGGCCAGCUCCCCGUUCCUGGAUCCCUGGUCCUCCAAGGCUGUGGCCAUCCGUGAGAGCCUGGGCCUUGGGGACCGUCCCAAUGACUCCUACUGCUACAACUCCGCGAAAAACAGCACUGUGCUCCAGGGGGUGACCUUUGGGGGCAUCCCCACCGUCCUGCUCAUAGAUGUCAGCUGCUUUCUGUUUUUAAUCCUGGUGUUUUCCAUCAUAAGGAGAAGAUUCUGGGACUAUGGCCGCAUAGCCCUGGUAUCAGAAACAGGCAGUGAGGCGAGAUUCCAGAGAUCAUUGUCUUCCUCCUCAGGGCAGCAGGAUUUUGAAAAUGAGCUGGGAUGCUGCCCUUGGCUGACGGCCAUCUUCCGCCUGCAAGAUGACCAGAUCCUGGAGUGGUGUGGGGAGGACGCCAUCCACUACCUGUCCUUCCAGAGGCACAUCAUCUGCCUGCUGGUGGUGAUCAGCUUCCUGUCCCUGUGCGUCAUCUUGCCCGUCAACCUCUCAGGAGACCUGCUGGAUAAAGACCCUUACAGCUUUGGGAGGACGACGAUCGCAAACCUGCAGACAGACAAUGACCUCCUUUGGCUGCACACCGUCUUCUCCGUCAUCUACCUCUUUCUCACUGUGGGCUUUAUGUGGCGUCACACACGGUCCAUCAGAUACAAAGAGGAGAGCCUGGUGAGACAGACCCUAUUCGUCACAGGACUGCCCAGAGAAGCCAGAAAGGAGACUGUGGAGAGCCACUUCCGGGAUGCGUAUCCCACGUGUGAGGUGGUGGAUGUCCAGCUGUGCUACAGUGUGGCUAAGUUGAUGUACCUGUGCAAAGAGAGAAAGAAGGCUGAAAAGAGCCUCACCUAUUACACAAACCUGCAGGCGAAGACAGGCCGGCUGACCCUCAUCAACCCCAAGCCGUGCGGACAGUUCUGCUGCUGCGAAGUGCAGGGCUGUGAGCAGGAAGAUGCUAUUUCUUACUACACCCGCAUGAAUGACAGCCUGCUGGAGAGGAUUGCGGUAGAGGAGCGCCAGGUCCAGGACCAGCCCCUAGGGAUGGCCUUUGUCACCUUCCGUGAGAAGUCCAUGGCCACCUACAUCCUGAAGGACUUCAAUGCCUGCAAAUGCCAGAGCCUUCGGUGUAAAGGUGAACCCCAGCCGUCCUCCUAUAGCAGGGAGCUCUGUGUCUCCAAGUGGACUGUCACCUUCGCCUCCUACCCUGAGGACGUCUGCUGGAAGAACCUCUCCAUCCAGGGUGUCCGCUGGUGGCUCCAGUGGCUGGGCAUCAACUUCACGUUGUUUGUGGUGCUGUUUUUCCUGACCACACCCUCCAUCAUUCUGUCUACCAUGGACAAGUUCAAUGUCACCAAACCCAUCCAUGCACUGAAUAACCCCGUCAUCAGCCAGUUCUUCCCCACGCUCCUGCUCUGGUCCUUCUCGGCACUGCUUCCGUCCAUUGUCUACUAUUCCACCCUGCUGGAGUCUCACUGGACGAGGUCGGGGGAAAACCGGAUCAUGGUGUCCAAGGUCUACAUCUUCUUGAUCUUCAUGGUGCUGAUCCUGCCCUCCCUCGGCCUGACUAGCCUGGACUUCUUCUUCCGGUGGCUCUUUGACAAAACUUCCUCAGAUACCGCCAUCAGGUUAGAGUGUGUCUUCCUGCCAGACCAGGGAGCCUUCUUUGUGAACUACGUCAUCGCCUCGGCCUUCAUUGGCAGUGGCAUGGAGCUGCUGCGGCUGCCCGGCCUCAUCCUCUAUACCUUCCGCAUGAUCAUGGCCAAGACGGCGGCCGACCGCAGGAAUGUUAAGCAGAACCAGGCCUAUGAGUACGAGUUUGGAGCCAUGUAUGCAUGGAUGUUGUGUAUCUUCACCGUCAUCAUGGCCUACAGCAUCACCUGCCCCAUUAUUGUGCCAUUUGGCCUCAUCUACAUCCUGCUCAAGCAUAUGGUAGACCGGCACAACCUCUACUUUGCUUACCUCCCAGCCAAGCUGGAGAAGAGGAUCCACUUUGCUGCCGUGAACCAGGCCUUGGCUGCUCCCAUCCUCUGCCUCUUCUGGCUCUUCUUUUUCUCCUUCCUCCGUCUGGGUCUGAAGGCCCCCGCCACUCUGUUCACCUUCCUGGUGGUACUGCUCACCAUCCUAGCCUGUCUGCUCUACACCUGCUUCGGAUGCUUCAGGCACCUCAGCCCGUGGAACUACAAGACAGAAGAAUCAGCAAGUGACAAAGGAACGGAAGCAGAGGCCCAUGCGCCCCCACCAUUCACACCCUACGUGCCUCGGAUUCUGAAUGGUUUGGCCUCGGAGAGGACAUCGCUUUCCCCGCAGCAGCAGCAGACCUAUGGUGCCAUCCGUAACAUCAGUGGGACACUUCCUGGGCAGCUGGCAGCUCAGAAUCCUAGUGACGGCAUGGCCCCUGCCUACCAGGAAUCCUGAAGCGGGCAAGCUGCCGCUCUGGCCAGCCCAGAGCAUCCUGCAAGACUGAGGGACACAAGCAGCCAGAGCCCCAGAGAGGCUCCGGAGUCCUUGUUUAAAGCUCCUGUCUUGUGAGAAAAGGGCAUAGGCCCCUCUCCUUUUCAUGGCUAUCCCAGCCUCUGUCCUCCAGAGUGAUACAUCAGAUAAGAGCAUGGCCCUUGAGUGGAGACUUCUGGCCAUCCUAACAGGUGUGAAGGUAGGACCUGGCUGGCCUCCUCAGCCUUAGUCCUCACAGCAGUCACCUCUCUGGGGAAAAAGACUCUUCUUAGCCCGGUGGUGGGCUUGACAGAGGGUAUAGGUAGGGCUGCUGUCCCUAAGAGCCACCUGUAGGCUUCUUUUCUGAUCCUAGUGUGGGGACCUGCAGCAGCUCCCUCCCUCGUGUGGUCAUAGGAGGGCAUGCACUUUUAUUCCCCCAUCCAGCCUGCUAAGCUACAGCUCUGUAAUAGGGAUGAUGUCCCUAGUGGUUUGUGGCCAAGAUCACUCGCUGGAAUUUUGUCUUUAGGGUGAUCAGAUUUGGAGACUAUGGGUUGAUGGGGAGACGUGUCCAGAAAAGACCUGGUCCCUCUGAGCCCAGCUUAGCCUCUGCAAGCUUAUGCGUAGCCAAUGACUAGCGAGCCUGCAGCAGUUGGGUCUGAGUCCCUGUGGGGUCCUACAAUGCUCCCCCAGCCCACAGCUCUUUCUCAGGGAUCGGCAGAUAGUUGUAGGGACCAGAAAAUACCUUGACCUUGCUGACGGCAACAGGGCAGCAGGCUCCUGCCCACUGGCUGUGUAGCCGCCCCUGUUCCUGUUGUGCAUCUAAAUUUUUGUAUCCUGUUACCUGAGACUGUGACCGGGGUCACCCCGCAGCAGGCAGGAACACUGAGAACUGUUAAUAAAGUGCCUCCGGGCUGGUGGCGUGAUCUCA